CGGUACAGCUACUUAGAGAAGAUGACAGAUUUGGUGGCUGUUUGGGAAGUAGCUUUAAGUGAUGGUGUUCAUAAGAUUGAAUUUGAACAUGGGACCACUUCAGGAAAACGUGUUGUCUAUGUUGAUGGAAAGGAAGAAAUAAGAAAAGAAUGGAUGUUUAAAUUAGUGGGUAAAGAAACUUUCAAUGUUGGAGCAGCCAAAACAAAAGCUACUAUUAACAUUGAUGCAGUCAGUGGCUUUGCAUAUGAAUAUACUUUAGAGAUCAAUGGAAAGAGCCUCAAGAAGUAUAUGGAGAACAGGUCAAAAACAACCAAUACUUGGGUACUGAGCUUGGGUGGUACGGACUAUAGAGUUGUUCUAGAAAAGGACACUAUGGAUGUGUGGUGCAAUGGCCAAAAAUUGGAAACAGCGGGUGAAUUUGUAGAAGAUGGGACUGAAACUCACUUCAGUGUUGGUGAUCACAGCUGUUGCAUUAAGGCUGUCAGUAGUGGAAAACGAAAGGAAGGAAUUAUUCAUACCCUUAUUGUGGAUGACAGAGAAAUCCCAGAGGCUGUGGAGUAACCUCUAGUUAACUGAUUAUUGUAGGACUAAGAUCAGGAAUUUUCAAUUACUGUGGUAAUUAUUUUAAUAUGUACUACUUGGUACAUCUAGUUUGUGCUGGGUUUAUUUUCUAGUUUCUGCAUAUGAAAUUAUUUUUGUUGAGGACCAGAUGAAAACCAUUAUAUACAACCUCUUACAUUACCAGUUUUUAAAAAACUAUAUAGACACAUAGAAUAUAUAUUUUAUCACUAAGUG